ACUUCCCGAGCUCGUCGCCGCCUGUUGCGUUCGCCCCUCCUUUUACCUUCUCCCAUUCACGCCCCGUCUCUUUCGUGGCCUUCCUUUUCCGGCGGCCACAAGUGGGCGAGCGGCGGCGCCCUUCACCAGGUCUUCGUCGGGCCCUUCACCGGCGACGAGCAUCCACCAGGAGGGAAUUGCGAAGUUGUUUUGUGAUGAUAUAUAUAAUAUAUUGGGCAGAAACGUGGAGCUCAGAGCAUUGGUGCCUCUUUCCUCUUUCACCAAGGAUUCCGGUGCCUUAUUUCACAAGACAAAAAAAGUCUCAAGGGUCUUGAUUCUUGUAUGAACUCAAGAUUUAUGGUGGAUCUUGGAGCUGUGGGAUGCUAAGCCUGGUCUAGCUACUAGAUUAUGAACUCUCUGCUGAUCUAAUAGCAUUUCUACAAGAAUUCUUUUGCUGGAAGGUUUAUUAGUUAUUUGCAACAAUGAAGGAACAUCUAAUGCUUAAUAUUGAUGACCUAAGCAUUCUUGAGCCUAACGAGGUCAUUGGGACAGUCAAGAAUAAAUCAUCUGGGGAAACCAUUGCACAUCCACCCUCCAUGGCUCAUGCCAUUUUAGCAGUGGGAGAAAGCAUGGUUUCUGAAGCGGAACCUCUUCUGCAAGUGGUGGAGUGUCGCAUUUGUCAGGAGGAAGAUAGUAUCAAAAAUUUAGAGAGUCCAUGUGCUUGCACUGGCAGUCUAAAGUAUGCUCAUAGGACUUGUGUACAACGAUGGUGCAAUGAGAAAGGAGAUGUAACAUGUGAAAUAUGUCAUGAGCCUUAUGAACAUGGGUACACUGCACCUCCCAGAGGCCAUCCUGAUGAAACUACCAUUGAUAUAAGUGGUGGGUGGACAAUUACCGGUACCGCAUUUGACUUGCGUGAUCCUAGGAUACUUGCAGUGGCACAAAACCACAUCAUGGAAGCUGAAUAUGAUGAUUAUUCUGCCACAAAUGCGAGCACUGCUGCCUUCUGCCGCUCUGCUGCUCUUGUUUUAAUGGCUCUCUUAUUGUUGAGACACGCACUGACUCUAACUGAUGAAGAUGACGACGACACUUCAGCGAUGUUUUCACUUUUUCUGUUGCGUGCUGCUGGUUUCCUGCUUCCGUUCUACAUCAUGGCUUGGGCAAUCAGUAUCUUGCAGCGCCGCAGACAGAGACAGGAGGCAGCUGCUCUAGCUGCAGCGGAGGUGGCAUUCAUCCUGCAGUCAGGCCAAGGAAGGGGAGUGCAUUUCACCAUCGCACCGGACUCCCCGGCCACACCACAGCAUGAACCACCACAACCAUAAUUACAUCUAUCUAGGAGUGGCUGUGGCCGCCGCCGAUCGAUUAUUUCCAUGGGUUACCCAAGGAUUUAUGGCUGUCUAGUGCAGAAGCAGAUAAUUUCUGCCCAAGUUUCCUGUCAUUAAUGUACUUGCGUGUUCGUGCGAGUUGGCUAGUGCAUUUUGCAUGUCGUCCCGGGACUAACGGGAUGUGUAUAUAAUAUAUUUUGUAACAGAGACAUCUGGGUUCUAUGAUCUCCACAAUGUCAAAAAUUGAACUAUCGCCUGAAUUGUCAGUCAUCAACAACAAAACCUUUUAGUCCGGAAUAUAUUAGAGUUGAAUUCUACUCCCGAAAGGCUAGCAUCGAAAGUGGAAUAGGUUAGAGUUGAAAGCUACUCAAAAGGGUAGCAUUGAAACUCAAUAGAAACCAAAUCAGGUUUAGACACAUGAUUGUUUUUUCAUGCCCUCCAAGUCAGCUUUAAGCACAUAUAUAGCUGUGAUGUAUGCUCUCUUAUUCAAAGUUAAAGCUUUUGAUAUA